AUGUUAGUCAGACGGGUUAUUGUAAAACACACCGUUAAACCCAAAUGCCACAAUUUGGUCCCUGCUUUUCAUGUUGCUUCUAAUGUAAUCUCUUUUGGUAAUUCCAAUGGUCCACCCAAAAUAUUUCAAAGAUUGGAUUCGCAAUUAUAUAUUCGAACUUUGUCCACUUCAAGCAAUGACAAUUUUGAGAUUAAUUUUGUCACCAUGAAAAAGAAAAAGCCUCAAAAACUUUCUGGACUUGAUAAACAACCAUACGUUUCCAUUCAUAAACUGGAACUCCCUAAAGUCGAUUUUGAUAACAUCCAAUUCAAACAUCGAGCUCUCGAUGAGUGGUUGUUUCAAUUGUUUAAAGAGAAUCAUUUCUCUGUGUCAGAAGAUAGUUUAUCCAAUAAAAAAUUGAAAGAUGAACUUGGUAUCAUUCACGAAAUUUAUUCCGAGUUAAGAGAAUUUGAGAUAUUUGUUCAAUUCAAACGUAACAAGAAACACUUUAAAUUUGCUGAAUUGAGCAGCUCAGAUAUUUUAAAGUAUUUGCAGGAAUUUAGAAAUGUUCAUGGUGGUAGUUCCCAUUCUUACCUCAAAAUGUGCGAUGAAUUAUCUGAAUUAUUGAAAUCUAAUGCACAAUUUCCUGAUAUCUUAUCCAAUGAGUUGAUCCCCGCCAUUCAAUUGUUUGAAAAGCUAUUCCAUUACUAUUAUAGUGGCUUAUUCGUGUUUGAACAGGAAUUACGGUCGUUGGACAAACAAUAUGAUUUCAAAAAAUUUAGAUCUAUUAAGGAUUUGAGUCAUCAAAUUGAAAAAACUUUGACUAACUUUGAUUAUUCAUUGUUGCACGAUGUCGAUGCUAAUCAUACUUUUUUUAAAAUGUUUGUUCAAUGCAGUCGUUAUUCAGAAUUGAACAAGAUUUUGAAGAAUAUUUCCAAUUUGAAUUUGAAAGAUAUUAAAAGCAUACUCAAAGAUUCACAUUACAAUGACUAUUUUGAAGUAGCAAUUCAAAACUGCAUUAAAAUGGAUGAUAAAGACUUUGAAAUGAUAGACCAAUGGAACGAAGGUGGUGGAUUGUACUAUUUCUUAACUCUGAUGAAAUUGAUCCCUGCUACCCAUGACUAUUAUAAAUUGGCACCUUUAUUGUUUGGAUUAAGUAAAGAUAAAGGCAUUUUUGCAAGUGCUUCUGGUGAACUUUUACGAAUUCUUACAAAUGAAGAAGUCAGGGGUCCAAUCAACGUUGCAUCAAUAAUGGACGACAAGCAAAAGUUUCGUAUCUACCCUAUAACAAAGAAUACUUUAACAAAUUAUGUUUUUAGUUUUUUGAAACUGAUUGAUUUCCCCUGGGAAACAGCAAGAAGCACCGAGAACUGGGAUACUGAAAACUUGGGGAUUGAGAAUAACGUGUUUGGCAAAGGGACUAUGUACAAUUACUUGACAACAAACCAACAAUUUAUUCGCAAAUUACUUUCAGAUCCUAAUGUUACAAUAAAAUAUAUGGAACUAAGAGCAAAACCUUCAUUCUUUUGUUUGCCUAAAGAUCACGAAAUUUUAAAAGAUAUCGUUGAGUUGAAAAAAAUCAAAGAUUUGUCGCAAACCUCAUUUGCAUCAUUUAAAACUAUUGAUAGAUUAGUUGAAAGUAUUGGUAAAUUGGAGUCUUUGGAGACCGACAAGAAUCUCAUUUUAUCACAUUUGUUAGAUGCUUCUCGUUAUUUUGGUAACAACACGUUCGUUUUAGAUGACAUUAUUGAUGAAGAAGUUAGAAAUGACAAAUCAAUGGCAAAACACAAUAGUUAUUCUCAAAUGCCUGAUUGGCUUCAUCUUGAAAACCAUGUUCCAGAAAUUAACUUUUUGAAACUGAAACUAGGCAGUUUUGAAGACAAGAAAGCAGUAAUGGAUAUUAUUGAAAACUUGACAAACGAAAUCAUUGCUGAUGAAAAUGCUUAUCCUGAAAUCAAUGCUAAUAGCUUUUUGAAGUUAAGAUCUAAGUUAAUUGAAUUUAGUAUAAAUAAUACUAAUAAUUGUUUGGAGAUUUUGGAUACGGUUCUUGUUAAUCAAGAUGCGUUUGAGAAAUUUGAACAAAAAUUGGGAGAUAAAAAGACACCAUCAGUUUAUGUUCAGAUUCCAGAUGAUUUCCCAUUGCACGAAUUUGUAGAAGAAUUGUCUGAAUUAAGAGAAGUUUUGGGUAAACCUUUUGGUGAAUCCAGUGUUGACGAGAUAUUAAAUCAAGUACAAAUGCAAGAUUCGAUUGCAAUAGAUAAGACAGUUGUUUGGAGAAAGUUGUACAGGAAUUUGUCAAUGUUAUUCAAACAUAACAAUAAUAACACGUUUGUUUUGGAUAAUGUUAUAUUCAGCACCCAAGAGUUUAAAAAGUUUGAAACUAAUCACAUAAAAGGUGAUAAAAACCAAACUCUUAUUGGAAGUCAAGGACAGUUGUUGGUUGGAACUGCAUAUGAAGUAUUGGGUGACUUUUUAAGAGAUAGUGGAAUAUUGUAUAAGCCAGAUGUCCAUAAUAUUAGCGCUCGGGAAUUUGAACAAUUAAUCGAUAACUAUACCGAUAAGUUGGAUAAAUCGAGUCCUACGUACUUAUUCCGCAAGAAUAUCUUAGAUCAGUUGAAACAAUGGAACUCACAAAUUGAAUUUUAUCCACCAUUUUUAGUUUGUAUUUAUGGUACAAACUACGCUAAUGAGCUACCAUUUGCAUCAAAUCAAUUGGCAUUGUUUUAUGAUGAUUUAGUGAAAAGCUUGAAAGAUAUUGCUGAAGAACAAAGCGUUGUAGAAGUUGGAAAUACAGCAGCUCCGGUCGAUACAAAACUAGCCAUUGGUCAAUUUAAAAAAGAUAUAAAUGACAAAAUCAAGUAUAAUGAUUCUGGGAAGAUGUUUUCUGACUUGGAUAAAAAGAAUAGUGCAGCAGAUUUUGAAGCUAUUAAAUUGGCAGUUCAUUCUGCAUUUGAGGGACCACAUAAACAUACUGUUGUAUCUACCAAAGAAGAAGUCGACAAAUAUAAAAAGGAUCUUCAUCGUGUAACUGCAAAAUCUUCCUCGAAAACUGAGCCACCACAUACUGUUGAUACGUCCAAAUUGGAGAAGUAUUUACAGGAAGCUAAAAAAUUAGAAGAAAGCAAAAUAAGAGAACGAGAAGCUUUUGAAUGGAGUAAACAAGCUAAAGCACCUUCCAAGGUCUAUAGUUUGGUGAGAUCAAUAUUGGCUACGUCAGGAUUGGUAUUAUUGAGUUUAAUUGGGAUUGAUUUUUAUAUGAAAGAAAAGGAUCAAUCUGGUAAAACUAUAGCAGAUUAUCAAAAUGAAGAGAGUAAUAAAUUGUCGAAAGCUUUAACAACAAAUGGUCCAUUUACUGUUGGUACAACAACAAGUCGUACUACUGAUGCACCUGUAAUUUUUGGAAAGGAAAAAAUUAAACUGGUUUUUAAUGGGGAUUCUACUGAAAAUGGAUCGGUCAAUGAUGAGGAUAAUAAUAAACAAUUGCCCUGGUGGCAAAAAUUAUUCUGGAGAAAGUAA